AUGUCCGACUUUGGAGACGAAAUGGACGUGGACUCGGCGCCCGCCCAGAACAAGGACGUUGUCUUUUCCGCCGAUGCCAGCAAAGGCAAGCGAAAGUCCCUCGACGACGUCGAAGGCCACCAAGACAUUCUCGCUACGAUUAACAAAUUCGUUGACGCGAAUCGCCUGCCGCAUCUCCUCCUCUACGGCCCGCCCGGCACGGGCAAGACGUCAACGAUUCUGGCCCUCGCGCGGCGCAUAUACGGCGCCGCCCACGUGCGCCAGAUGGUGCUGGAACUCAACGCCUCGGACGACCGCGGCAUCGACGUGGUGCGCGAGCAAAUCAAGACGUUUGCGAGCACCAAGCAGAUUUUCGGCAUGGGCGCCCCACGAUCCGGCACAACGUCAUCGUCGUUGUCGCCCGCGGCGGGUUUCAAGCUCAUCAUCCUCGACGAGGCCGACGCCAUGACCAGCACGGCGCAAAUGGCGCUGCGCCGCAUCAUGGAAAAGUACACGGCUAAUACGCGUUUCUGCAUCAUUGCCAACUACGCGCACAAGCUCAGUCCUGCGCUGCUCAGCCGCUGCACGCGAUUCCGAUUUAGUCCCCUCAAGGAGGCUGAUAUUCGGCAGCUCGUCACCCGUGUGGUGGAUGAGGAGGGCGUGCGUAUUGGCGCCGAGGCCGUCGACGCGCUGGUCAAGCUGAGCAAGGGCGACAUGCGACGUGCCCUUAACGUGCUGCAAGCAUGCCACGCAUCCAGCACCCCGUUGCGGGCACCCGGCGCGCCCAAGACGCCCGACAGUGAGAUUCGCCGCGAAAACAUCACCACCGAGACCAUUUACACCUGCAUCGCGGCGCCGGCGCCCGAGGCCAUUGAGCAAAUCAUGACGACGCUGCUCGGCACGUCCGACGUCACUAGCUGCCUCCACGCCAUCAACUCGAUCAAGCGCCUGCAGGGGCUGGCGCUGGCCGAUGUCAUCACGGCGCUGGCCGACGAGCUCGCCAAGCUCGACGUGAGCCCCGCCGUCAUGAUUACCUGGCUCGAUGGGCUGGCUGAGAUUGAGCACCGCGUGGCGGGAGGUGGCAGCGAGGUGUUGCAGACGGGUGCGGUGGUUGGCGUGGUGAGGACCGGCGUGGAGUUGAUGAGCCGGUAA